CCGCCAUCGUGUCGUCAGUCACUGCUGUGCAAGCCCACGCCCGUAUAACACGGUGGGGGCAGUGUGCUUUUAUGCACAACUCGGAGAUUUCACUGACAGCGCCUCGUCUUUCUUGCUCGUUUUUGGUUGCAUUUGACCGGGAACACCGAAUGCAUCGGUUUACCUGAGAGUUCAAAGGGACGCGAUCACGAGAGUGUGCACAGACUCGCACUUCGCUGCUGCGGAGCGCACACAAUGCGCGCCUUUAUCUGACAAGGCUUGGCCUGUCCUUCUCAGCUCUCUGUAAAACUGGAUCCGGAGUACCCGAAAAUCUAGUGCAAGUACCGCUUCGAGAGCGAAACACUUGGUAUACUUCUCGCACUUCGCUCGCUACACGCUGAAUACAUACCGAGAUUUGAUCGAUUUUAAACUCAAUUUACCUAUACGUCCGUGCGAAUCAAGCGACUUCAGCGAGAUUCAGGGGCUACUCAGGGUUCGACCUCGGAUCGACAGACUAAUAGUAAUACAACUACGUCUUGUCCGAGUUGAUCUUUAGAAGCCCUAGUCGGCCUGCUCGGAGAUGGUCUGCGGACAGCAUUCCACCUUUUCAUCCGCGACCAUCUCUGCCUGUGCAGGCUCCGGCCUAUAUUACGAGGCUGCAGAAACACUGACUACUCAUCGUGACCCGUCGAUUCUCGUGUCGUCAUCUGUGUACUGACUCGUCUCUUAGAGACGGCCGUUGCUUGCGUCAACUCGUGAUCCUCUCGCAGUGACCACUACCGCGACAAUGCAAGCGACACACUCUGGCAGUAGCUCGGGACAAUCAUCCUCCACCCUCCGCAUGCACGGCCGUUCGCAUUCCCUCUCAGACCCUCGAGCCUUCCUCGUCGAGGCCCGAGAUUCCUCCUCUGUACCACCCCCGCUCUCCGCCACUUCAUCUCCCUCUUUCGACUUCUACCAAACACCACCCACGUCUGACUGGCAGUCCUGUUUCGGGAGCACACCGCAAAGUACGCAUCCAAGCCCAACUCCCAAUGUAGAAGUUACCUCGGAUGUAUAUGCACCACUCCCCCACGCGGCACCUCGUGCUGCCUCUCCGCAGAGCAUGGUUAGCUCUGGCUCGACACACGUUGAAUCGGUGGCUACUUCAUCUCCACAUGCUGCUGGAACUACAAGCCCCUCGCGCAGCAGCGGCAAAAAACCGAGCAUCGACAGGAACCGCAAGCCCUGCGGUGCAUGUUCGAGCAGCAAGCGGAAGUGCAAAGUAAUUCCUGAUGUGCCAAAUUUGUGCGAACGAUGCAGGAGCCAUGGCUUGAUAGAAUGCCCACCGCACAUCUCGUGGUCCAACCGAAAGGCCAGCAUACGCGACAAUGAGAGCCUUUCGCCUCUUGAGACCGACGAUAAGGAUUUUUCCUCGCGCUCCGUCAGUCCGUCAUAUUACGGGUCAGGCAAAUCUCCAGUUGGGUAUUCUGGGGCAUAUAAUCAAGAUGAAGGUGGGCUAUACCCAGACAUGGCAACAACACGCGAGUGGGUGCAGAAUCAGACCCUUGUCGCUUCAGGCAGUUCGAAUACUGUCGACAUGGUCGGGCAGGAUCCGUUCUAUGCUCAGCAACAGCGCAACGAAAAUCAAAAUCAAUUUCCAACUCACAAUCAAAAUCUCACUGUACCCCACUUUGUGCAGCAGUAUGCACAAAAUAACCCAUGCUUGGUUCCACCUGUACUUCCUGCAUGUCACAACUGCCACACUCCUUAUGACGAAUAUCUUGUCCUGAACUACGCGUUAGCUACACUAUCGGCGAACCUGCCUUGCCCACCAUACGAAGUAGACCAAAGAGUUCUCAACGCAUACGAAAACAUCCCACACAGCAACUCUCCUUACGAAAACCAGAACUCUUUUUAG